AUGUCAACAUCAACAAACCCGCUGAAUGAAGAGGACUUACCUGCACAUGUAUAUUUCUAUGGUCCACUUGGGAGAAGCAACGUCCGCGACUGUGAAGAUGAGAGCGAAAACAGUAUAACGAGCAAGUUGACUAAAUGUUGUAACAAUGCAAUUGCAAAUAUAAUUCACAAGAUUCAAGGAGCCUACUGUUUUGUGUCCAACAUGAAACCGUACGAGGGGUAUCCACACUAUAAAGACCGUUGGCAUUUUCUCUACUACUGGGUAGGAGAACAAAUAUGGAAUGAACUGAAAAGUGCAACAGAAGGGAGCGACAAGUUUGCAGGCUGCCUGAAAUCGGUUUGCGAUGUAAUAAAGGAUAAAUGUACUACUGAAAGUGAUAAUGGACGUGGAGGACAGGAAUGUAAGCUUAAUUGCCCCCAACAAAUGGACGGAACCACUUUCGCACAGGAUAAAAAAGUAUUCGAUUUCUCCAGUAAUUAUAAUGAAAUAAGGGAUUAUGUAUACGGAGGUUCGCGUGAUUGUGGACAAUAUUGGCCCAAUUAUAAGGGCGACAUAUUGAAAGCAUGUACUAAAGUGACCACAUAUUGCGAAAAAGAGGACGGCAAAACAAAAGAUAAGCAAUAUUGUGAAGAUUUCCCGACGGAACAUGGAGUUUACUGUAGGGUGACUCUAAAAGGAAUGAACUGUAAACCACACGUUCCACAACCAAAAGAUGACGAUACGGCAUGCACUUUCCAGGAUCCAAAUAUAGAAGCCCUCAAAGAAAACGUACGUUCUGCCACCACCAAAGCAAGUAUUUCUUCUAUACUCGGCACCUUAGGUUUAACGGUAGUUCCUUACGUACUAUAUAAGUAUAAACCAUGGUCCUCUUGGUUUGGUAACCACACUUCUGGAAAUGGAAGGAGCGGAAGAAACAGAAAAAAAAGAACAAUUGGACGGAACUUUGAUGUUUCUGCGGAAGAGACUUUCACUGAAUAUUCCACAGAUAACUCAACAAUAGGUGACUCCACAACAGAUAAUUCCACCACACUACGUUCUCCUACUGCGUACACAAGACGGUCUACCACAGGACCGUCUACAGGGCAGGCUACAAGGAAUAGAAGGGCAGGAGCAGGAACAAAUAAUCAUAAUACACCAGGUCAUCACCGGAACAAUGUAGGUUACAGUCGCAUGUAA